UUCUCUGUCUCUUUUUCUUAGACUGUUCUCUUUCUAUCUCGAUAGUUUGCGGUUUCUCAAGAAUUCCCACUUCCCAACAAAUCCAGAGGAAAAAAGAAUCAAACUCCUGUCUAUUCCAGGAAAGGAAAAAUAUCAAGGAACAUUAAAUAUUGUUAACGAGAAAGAACCCGACCUUCAUAGGGUGGCCAGGCUUCUGAGUUAUCGUUGCUGAACUCACUUCCACUCCUUUGCCCACAUAAUAAAACAAAGGAGCUAAUGUUUUCAUGGGAAUGGCUUAACUUCGUGAUCAUGGGGUUUUAAAUGCUCCAAUUUCUUUACCUUCCAACUUUCACAAUUCUGCAUGGAAACUCGCAAGUAUACACUGGGUUAAGGUUAUAAGUUAGAGAUGAGAACGUUGAACAUUAAUAUUGGAUGUCAGCAUAGCUUUACCUUUGCUUAUUAGAGUGUACCUUAUGCAGUGUUCAGUGAAUUCUUAGACAAUGGUUUUAGGCUUAGUGCUGUCAAGUUCUUGAGUUUAAUACUGUUGCAGUAAUUCUCAACAUUUAGUCAAAACAAAAUUAGCAACAUUAAAAACUGAUCUAGUACGACACGGGUUUGUCAGACCCUUAUUAUGCUUCAUCAAUCAGAGGCAUACCAUACCCUGAGUCACUUCAGAAGCUGAACCAUUUUUGAAAUUUUUUGUUUAUAAACAGGACUUAUUGCUAUUGAUUCUAUGAUCCCUAUAGGGCGUGGUCAGCGAGACUUAAUUAUUGGGGACAGACAAACCGGUAAAACAGCAGUAGCCACAGAUACUAUUCUCAAUCAACAAGGGCAAAAUGUAGUAUGAGUUUAUGUAGCUAUCGGUCAAAAAGCAUCUUCUGUGGCUCAGGUGGUGACUGCUUUACAGGAAAGGGUAGCAAUGGAAUACGCUAUGGAGGUAGCUGAAAUGGCGGACUCCCCUGCUACAUUACAAUACCUUGCUCUGAAGUUAUUAGCAGGAGUAGUUGUACUUAUAAUCAGUGCUGCAAACAGUUAAUGGCCUAGGUUUGGCAAAUUGUCCCUUGGCGUGACAGUCAUACCUCACUAAUGCUAAAAUAUUGCAGUUCCUUAACUUUUGUAUGCCAUUAAUUUCUCAAAUUUCACCUAUAUUGCAACAUAAUCUGCAUCCUUUUUUUUGGGGCCAAAUCAGCAUUCUUAUGUGUGCUCAGGUGUGUGUAUGCGCACGUAUGUAUGUUACACUUCUUUGAGUAACUUAGAAGUAGAAGCAUUCUGGUCAUGAAGAAGACUAUGUUGGUGACCUGUUAUUUAAUUGUUACAUUUUGCCUCUCAAGCUUGCACACUCACACUCUUUAGUUGUGCCAUUCAUGUUUUUGAUGUUUUAUCAUUUUAUAUCUCUUUUUCUUUCUUUUUUUUUCUUUUUUUUUUUUUCUCACCAGAGGGUGCCAGCAUAAUAUUUAUGGCUCAAGAUAUGUCUGGUGUUGAUUCACACCAAAGACGGCAAGGCCUUCUAAAAGAUCAAGUUCGAUUGGUUAAGAAAAAGGAUUCUCAUUAUGAGAUUGUGCCAAUCCAAAGUCCCUUGUCAUUUGAGAAGGGUUUCUUUAUAGUAAUCCGUGCAUGCCAAUUGUUGGCCCAAAAGAAUGAUGGGAUAAUAUUGGUUGGAGUCGCAGGUCCUUCUGGGGCUGGAAAGACUGUGUUCACAGAAAAGAUACUCAACUUUAUGCCCAGUGUUGCUGUCAUAUCAAUGGACAACUACAAUGAUGCCAGUCGGAUUGUUGAUGGCAACUUUGAUGAUCCACGAUUGACGGACUACGACACGUUACUCCAGAAUGUAAAUGACUUAAAAGCAGGGAAGGAAGUUCAGGUUCCAGUUUAUGAUUUCAAGUCUAGUUCCCGCACAGGAUUCAGGACAGUUGAAGUCCCAAGCUCUCGGAUUGUGAUCAUUGAAGGCAUCUAUGCUUUGAGUGAAAAGUUGCGGCCUUUCCUGGAUCUACGAGUAUCUGUCACAGGCGGUGUUCACUUUGACCUGGUCAAAAGGGUUUUACGGGACAUACAACGAGCUGGCCAGGAACCAGAAGAAAUAAUUCAUCAAAUAUCUGAAACUGUAUAUCCAAUGUACAAGGCCUUUAUUGAGCCAGACCUUCAAACAGCACAUAUAAAAAUUAUCAACAAGUUUAACCCAUUUACUGGAUUUCAAAGUCCCACUUACAUUUUGAAGUCAGCAAAGGACUUGUCAGCGGAUCAGAUUAAGGCUGUCUUUUCUGAAGAUCACACAGAAGCAAAGGAGGAGACCUAUGAUAUAUACCUUCUACCACCUGGUGAAGAUCCAGAAUCUUGCCAAUCAUAUCUGAGGAUGCGGGAUAAAGAUGGGAAAUAUAGUCUAAUGUUUGAGGAAUGGGUGACAGAUAAUCCAUUUGUUAUAUCACCAAGAAUAACUUUUGAGGUCAGCGUGCGACUUCUUGGUGGACUAAUGGCCUUGGGGUACACGAUUGCAACUAUCCUUAAAAGAAGCAGCCAUGUAUUCUCCAAUGAUGGGGUGUGUGUAAAAAUUGAUUGGCUAGAGCAACUAAAUCGUCGAUAUAUUCAGGUGCAAGGAAAAGAUCGUGUACUUGUAAGAUGUGUUGCGGAGCAGCUUGGCUUGGAAGGUUCAUACAUUCCUCGUACCUAUAUUGAACAAAUUCAACUGGAAAAGCUUGUAAAUGAGGUCAUGGCCUUGCCAGAUGAUUUGAAGACGAGGCUUAGCCUAGAUGAGGAUCUUGUUUCAAGCCCCAAAGAAGCACUUUCCAGAGCCUCCGCAGAUAGAGUUGCCAUGAGAAAUAAGCAUCUCAAAAGUGGUAUGUCGCAGUCAUAUACAACCCAAAGGGACAAAAGUACAUCUAAGCUUACAGGAUAUGCUUCCAACAGCCAAAGGUUUGAUGAGAGAAAUUCAGAGUCAUCAGCAACACUAGCAAGCCAGGGAGUAGUUACUCAGCUAUCAGAACAAAUGUCUUCGCUGAAUGAUAGAAUGGAUGAGUUUACAAAUCGAGUUGAAGAGCUAAAUUCCAAGUUGGCUGUGAAGAAAAGUUCUCCUAGCCAACAAAACAUGGCUCUUCAAGCUGAAACCUGCAAUGGCUCUGUUCCCACUUCUUAUUUCAUCUCUGGCUUAGGCAAUGGUUCUUUAACCGGGUCAAUAUUGCCAAAUUCCUCAUCUUCCUCGCAGCUGGCUAAGGAAUCUUCAGUAAUGGAAGAGAUGUCAAGUAUUGCACGGGGGCAACGUCAAAUCAUGCAUCAGUUAGACAAUCUCAGCAAUCUUCUCCGGGAAAACAUGGGAGAGAGAAAUCGCCCAGUAAGAACUAACAGCAGGAAAAGCACCAUUGCUCAACCUGAUCAGCCCUUGACAGUUCCUCUUGCAAUAACACUGGCUGUUGGAGUUCUAGGACUCAUCAUAUACAAGGGUAUCUUUACUCGAAAUUGAUGUAGUUUCGAAAAUCAUUAGACUGAUAAACCAUUACUUUGCCCCUCUUAGGUUCCACUGUAAGUGUGUUGCAAGUACUACCCUUCUGCUCGGGAAAGAUAGUUAACAAAAGGAGGUUAUGCUAGAAGCAAAACAGAAGCUUUCUAGCUUGAGAGUUUGCAAAGAAGGGUGCCCUAGCAAUUUUGAAAUUUUGUGGCCUACUUCCAUUAGUUUAUAGUUAUUACUUUGCUAGUUUCAACAUUUCCAAAAUAGAGAUUGAAGAAAGAGAGAAAUUUCACAAUAAAUCAAUCUUAAAGUUCAAUUUUCUUUUUCUCGCA